GUGAUUGCAAUAUACUCGAAAGGUGGCGGUAAAAACGGCAAACACGCUGCUGUUGACAAAGCAGACACUAUUGCUGGUGUCUCGUACCUUGGCGUCCAAAUCUACCAGCAACAUUUUCAUCGUCAUUUUCGUUCCAUUCCUGAUGCAACCGCCAUGUUCCAAUGCAAC